ACCCAUAGCUUUCGUUUACAGGUUGUCUAAGUAGCAACUCUACCUCAUUCCUUCCUCUAUUUAACACACCCCAUGUCCGUUCCCUAAAUCAAUUCAUCCGUCACAUUAUACACAACUAAAAUGGUCAACUUUUUUGCAAUUCAACAGCAAUUAAGCAUUUACUUAUUAAAAUUGGCAGGUGUCCAAACUCAAAAAGUCGAAAUAGAGCCGGGAACCUAUAUGAACUUUUUGGUUCCAAACGAAACCAUUCAAAAACCAAACAAAAAAACCAAACAAACUACAACCAACCCCGUCAAACAAAAUAAGCCCAUUGUCGUGUUAAUCCAUGGUUUUGCAGCUAACGGCAUUGCCACAUGGCAGUUCCAAAUUGGUGGACUUGUAAAAGAAUACUCAAUUUACAUACCUGAUCUUUUGUUUUUUGGUGGGUCGUUUUCAGAUAGCAGUGAUCGCUCACCACGGUUUCAAGCACAGUGUUUGGUUACGGCGUUAAGGAAGUUGGGUGUUGAGAGAUGUGUAGUUGUCGGGUUUAGUUAUGGCGGUAUAGUAGCUUUCAAAAUGGCUGAACUAUAUCCAGAAAUGGUUAGAGCUAUGGUCAUUUCGGGUUCCAUAAUUGCUAUGACUGAUUCCUUCACUCAAGCAACAAUGAAAGAGUUGGGGUUUUCGUCUUUAUCAGAGUUUUUGUUGCCGAGUUCUGUAAAGGAUUUGAAGACAACUUUUCGCGUUGUCACACAUAAGAAGUUUAGGUUUCCUAGUUUCCUUUACAAGGAUUACCUCCAGAUGAUGUUUGACAACAGAAAGGAAAGAGCAGAGCUAUUGGAGGGACUCAUAGUUAGCAAUAAUGAAGACAUUCCACAUUUUCCACAGAAAAUACAUCUCCUAUGGGGCGAGAACGAUCGAAUAAUGAAGAUGGAACUAGCUCAAAACUUGAAAAGACAACUAGGAGAAAAUACAACCGUUGAGGGCAUAAGUAAGGGAGGCCACCUUGUUCAUUUAGAACGACCAUGCGUCUAUACCCGGUGUAUCAAGAGGUUCCUUGCCUCCCUACCCGUAGAAGAUGAACCAGCAAAAUAAACUUGUAUUGGAUUACUAUCGUAUCUAGACCAUCUAGUCUAUAUACCAAAACCAAUGUCAUAUAUAUCAUUAAUUUGUGCCUUAAAUAAAUAUCAUGAUCUUUAAUUGUUUUAUUAAAGUGAA